AUGGAUAGGAUCAGUAAUUUGUCGGAUGAUUUGCUCUUGGAGAUUGUUUCAUCACUUCCUACAAAAAAAUGUAGUCGCCACGAUGCUCUUGUCGAAAAGAUGGAGGUUUCUUGGACGAUGCUUCCAAAACUUGAUUUUGAUUAUUGUUCUGAACUCGAGCCACCCGAAUAUGGAAAAUUCAUCAAGUAUAUGGACAGAUCAAUGGUAUUGAAUAGAGCUCCGGUUCUACAAACUUUGAAGUUCAAAGUUGGUCGUUGUAGCAGCUUUGAAGAUUUUGCAACAUGGAUCAGAAUUGGAAUGGCUCGCGAAGUGCGUGAACUUGAAAUUUCUGACAGGUUAGAGAAAGGCUAUAUACAUACGAGAAGCUCAAUCAUAUUACCAAAUAGUCUUUAUACUUAUGAGAAGCUCGAGGUCUUGAAACUCGCUUACGUGGUCGUUGAUGAUGUCCCUGCCGAUCAUUGUUUUCCGUCCUUGAAGAUAUUACACCUUGUCUAUGUAACAUAUGAGUCCGCAACCGAUGAAUCUCACCGAAUGCUUUUAUCAGGCUGUCCUGUUCUUGAAGAGUUGGUGUUGGACACAUGUGAAAGAUUUGGUUUGCCACCCUUCUCUGUUGAAAUGCCUAGCUUACAAAGACUAUCUAUACUUGAUACAUGUGAUUCAGUCUGCGGCCAAAGAAUAGACCAUAAGGUUGUGAUCAAUGCCCCGUCUUUGAAGUAUUUGAACUUUAUUGACUUGAAUGGUGAGUUGUGUUUGUCUGGGAAUAUGCCUGAGGUGGUUGAGGCAAAUGUUAGUAUUGUUCACGACUGUCCCGAGGAACUGCUGGAAUGUCUUGCAUCAGUCAAGCGCCUCUUCUUAUGUUUAGCAGAGCCAGUGCUUCAGCACCGGAUUGAAUUUUAUCAUCUUCUUCAUUUGGAGCUAUGUGGAGGUUAUGUAGGGUGGUGGGAUCUGCUUACUUGGAUGCUCGAAAGCUCUCCUAAACUACAAGUUCUCAAGCUCUGCUCGUGCGACGAACACUCGGCCGUGCCCAUUGAAGGUCAUUGGAGCGGACCAAGUUCAGUUCCUGAAGGUUUGAUGUCCCAUCUACAUACUUUCAAGUGGGAAGAUUACUGUUUAAAUGACGAAGAGAAGAAGAUAGUGGCGUACAUCUUGAAGAACGCAAGAGAGUUAAUGACGGCAGCUAUCUCUGUGUGUUCAGUGAAGGACUAUUCAAAGAAAAAACGAUCUCGGAAACACAAAGAGUUGGCUUCUCUGCCUAGAGCUUCAAGCUCCUGUCAGCUUAUACUGAAGUGA